GAAGUUUCUAUAAAUAAAUAAAAGGAUUGAAAUGUGGAUGAGGCAGAGUAAGCUAAAGUUGACAGUAAGGAAAGUAAAGAGAGAGAAUGGCAAUGGCUGUUCUCUGCUCUCAUUUUUACAUUUCGCAUCAUCAAAAUCCUUUCCUUAGGAUUAAUCAAAGUAGAAUCUUGCUAAACCAGAAGAGAUGCAAGUUAAAAGAGAAGAUAAUGGUUUGUUCAUGUUCUUCGAAACCCACUUCUUUUAAUGGGUUUCUUAGAAGGGAUUUUGUGCUUUUUGGUUUAUCUUCUUCAAUGUCUUUUGUGUUUCCAACUUCAGGGUCCCUUGCAGAGGAAGAUCUAAAAAUGGAGCCAUUGGUUGAUGAAAUAAAUGCUUAUACUUAUUUAUACCCAGUGAAAGUUCCAUCUACCAAGUUCCUCUUCAAAUGGGUAGAAUCCAGAAAGCCAGAACGUUAUUCUUCAGCGGCACCAUUGUCCCCUGAUGCACGCCUGCGAAUUGUGUCCGAGCGUGUUGACAUUAUUGAUAACCUCAUCAUUUCAGUUACGAUAGGUCCCCCAAAUGUUCAGUUUAUAAAAUCCAAGGACAAGAGUACUUGGGUUGCAAAAGAUGUUGCUGAUUCUGUUUUGUCAGACAAAUCUGCACUGCGAGUCACCUCAAGUCAGCGCUUGGCUGAGAGUUCAGUUCUUGAUACACAUACCAGCGAAAUUGAUGGUGAGCCUUAUUGGUAUUAUGAAUACCUGGUGCGCAAAUCUCCUAUCAAUAUUGCUGAAGAAUCAAAUCUCUUCCGGCACUAUGUUGCUUCAACCGCUGAACGAGAUGGUUAUUUCUAUACUAUAAAUGCUUCAACUCUUAGCAAACAGUGGAACAAGAUGGGGCCUUUCCUUGAAAAGACUGUGGCUUCAUUUCGCCUUCUCCCUCCUACAGAAAACUAUGUACCUCCAUAUAAGGAUCCUUGGAGAUUUUGGUGACAGCCUUUGAUUUAUUAAUUUGUCCUUUAUUUGAUGGUCUUCUCCAUUCAGAAACAGUAGUUGAAAACUUCAGUAGACAUAUAAUCAUCAGUUUUUCUUUUCUUUUAUUACAUGGUUAUGCUGAGAUCAUAGCAGAUUUCA